AGUCGGUUUCCCCCCUUGAGAAGAGGCUCUUCAUCUCCAGUAGAUUUUAAACCACGCAUCCCCCCACAGAAACGCUCCACUCAUGCGGUCAGAUAAGUUGCUCUUAUGUAUCCCUUUCCGGGCUUCAUUCUGACAGUCGAACCGCUAAGCGAACUAGCUAGAUGGUUGUUGCGCUAACACGCUCAAUGCUAGGUGACGUUACUUAUAGGCUAACGAGCGAGGUGGCUAACAGGCUAACACGGGUGAGCUAAGCUAACCAGGAAGUGAAAAGUGACAGCAGCGUUUUCUUGCGUUGCGCCCCCCUCCUCCGCCUCCUCUCAUCCACAGCCGACUUCCCUGUCACUUUAGGAGCACUUCCACCGUCCCGAGGCGAGUUCACUGACUUUACUCAGCCGUGUUGUGUCCUCGCAUGGGCAGCGGAGGAAACAUUAGCAGCCACAAAAGCAGAGGGACUCUGUCUGUCUGAAGCCAUCCGCCAGCUUCUCUGCUCUUUCAAGUUUUUUAAAGCCAAUUUGAAGAUGGCGACCAGCUCGGAGCGCAGUCCUCCUCCGUUCCCCGACUCGGAGGACCAAGACGUGCUGGAUUCUGGAGACGUCGAAGGCCGAGGCAGCGAUGAAGACGACGGGGAUGACCUCUUCAUGAGUAUGAGCAACGCCUCACUCGGUGAGAUAGAUGUUACGCUGCCAUCUGGCACCCAGCUCGGUGAUGACAUGCUGACACCUCCCAGCGACAUCGUCACCAGUGAUCCCAUCAGCAGCCAAUCGGGAUCCAAAACGGCGAGCGAGCCCUCUGACGAGUUUGUGGAUCUCACCAGCAACCUGCUGAGUCCGGGCGACUCUGCCGGUUCUGGCAGCAUGGCAACGGAUGAUGAGGAAACCGCCUGUGAAAUCCCUCUCAACGAUGACUUUGUUGACAUACUGGGAAGUGAAAAUGAAGCGCCGCAGCAGGAAGUAGCAGAAGAGGAAGUGGAGGCCAUGGCAGGUGAAAGUGAGUUGAUAUUGGAUCUAGCUGGUGACACAAAACAGAAAGUUGAAGAAACGGCGCCGCUUUUAGACAUCAGCGGGAAUUCAUCAGCGAAUGCCACAUCACAGUCACCUGGCAAAAUAGUGGACCCUUUGCUAGAAUUCCUCGGAGACCCGAUGCCCGCUGUGGGCCAGAAGCAAAGCACCCCUGCCACCGCCGACCUGUUUGACGAUGAGGGCAGCGACCUGUUCGCCGAGCCGCGGCAGACGAAACCCGCCAAGCAGCCGCAGAAGAGCCUUUUUAGUGAGCCGGAUGACGAUUUGUUUGCAGAGCCGCUCGGUGCCAAGAUUCCCACGAGGGACAAACCUCUCACUCCCAAGGCUGUAAGCAGGGGAGACGGCAAAGUGGAUGGGCCGCUGCUGCAGAGCAGCCACGGCGACAUCUUCACAGAAGAAGCUGUAGCCAAGACCCCCAGCAACACCUCCCUCGUAAACACCACGACUAAUGGAGUCUAUGCAGAAGAAAACGCAGACAUAUUUGCAGACGCCACAGUAGAGCUCUCCCUUGACAGCCCACGCAGUGAGAGAAAGAAGGAUGCCACCCCCGCUGCCAAACCUUCAACGUCUGCUGCUUCCGUCGUGUCCAUCGCUGCCAGUGUGGCCAAGCCACAGGCUGCCGCCAUAGAGGAGUUGGAAGAAGAAGAAAAUGAAGACAAAUUCGACAUUGCCAUCUCUGUUACCGACCCAGAAAAAAUAGGUGAUGGGAUGAACGCUUACAUGGCCUACAAAGUGUGCACUAAGACCUCCAUGUCCAUGUUCCGCAACAAGAACUUUACGGUGAGGCGGCGCUUCAGCGACUUCCUGGGCCUGUAUGAGAAGCUCUCAGAGAAACACGGACCGAAUGGCUUCAUCGUGCCUCCCCCGCCCGAGAAGAGCAUCCUGGGUAUGACCAAGGUGAAGGUGGGGAAGGAAGACUCGUCAUCGGCAGACUUUGUGGAGAGAAGAAGAGGUGCCUUGGAAAGGUACCUUCAGAGGGUGGUGACCCAUCCUUCACUUCUCCAAGAUCCUGAUGUCAGAGAGUUCCUGGAAAGAGACGAGUUGCCCAGAGCAGUGAGCACGCAGGCUCUCAGCGGCGCCGGCUUCCUGAAAAUGAUCAACAAAGCCACGGACGCCGUCAGCAAGAUGACCAUCAAGAUGAACGAGUCGGACGUGUGGUUCGAGGAGAAGCUGCAGGAGGUCGAGUCUGCAGACCAGCAGUUCCGGAAGCUCCACGCGCUGAUGGAGUCUCUAGUCAUCCACAGGAAAGAGCUCUCCACGAACACGGCCGGCUUCGCCAAAAGCACCGCCAUGCUGGGCAGCGCCGAGGACAACACGGCGCUCUCCCGCGCUCUCUCGCAAUUGGCUGAGGUGGAGGACAAGAUGGAGCAGCUGCACCUCGACCAGGCGGCCAAUGACACGUUCUGUUUCGCCGAGCUCAUCGCUGAUUUCAUACGGCUGCUGGGCGCCGUCCGGGGCUCGUUCGACCACCGCAUGAAGGCGUGGCAGCGCUGGCAGGACGCUCAGACCAUGCUGCAGAAGAAGCGCGAGACCGAGGCCAAACUCCAGUGGGCCAACAAGCCUGACAAGCUGCAACUGGCCAAAGAGGAGAUCUCUGAGUGGGAGGCCAAAGUGAUGCAGUACGAGCAAGACUUUGACAGAGUUUCCGCCACCGUGCGCAAGGAAGUGGUCCGCUUUGAGAAAGAAAAGGCGAAGAAUUUCAAAAGACAAAUCAUCAAAUAUCUGGAGAGUCUGCUAAAGUCCCAGCAGCAGCUGAUCAAGUACUGGGAGGCCUUUUUACCCGAAGCGAAAGCUAUCGCCUGAGGAGGCCGCAACACUCGAUGCCUUUUUUUUUUUUUUUUUCCACUCACA